AUGGAGGGGAUCAAGGGGAGACAGAGCGCCGAUGAGAAGCAGAAAGGAAAGACGGGGGGAGAGAAUGAAGAGGCGGAUUUGGUAAUGAGCUUCAGGCCAGAGGUGAAGAGACACGAGGAGGUGGAGGUGUCCAACACUGGGGGUGAGGAGGAUGAGGGAUGCACUCCCCUAAUCAGCGCCUGUCGUAAAGGCUUGACUGAGGUGGUGCUGCAGCUGCUGAGGGCCGAGGCUGAUGUGACCUUGUGUAACCGCAGACAGCAGACAGCGCUCCACGUAAGCCCACCUGAGCUCCAGAGAAAAAUCCUGAGGUGGAUGUCACGGCCUCAUCUGGCCCCCCAGGCACGGCUGUUGCAGGCUGCCUGGCAGGGAGACUUGCACUCCUUGCAGCACUCGCUGACUCAGACAGACAGGGUGGAUGUGAAUGUCCCGAACAGCGACGGUGAGACGGCCCUGAUGCUGGCUGUCAGGGACGUCGACCUGUUUGAGGGCAUGAUGCCACGACUGCCUUGGGAACACAGACCUGUGGAGGUGAUCAAGGAACUGCUGGAAUCCUCAGCUGAUCUGCGGGCACGAGACAGCAAUGGCUGUUCUGCUCUCCACUACGCUGCUAAUCUCACCAGCUAUCUAAUGGAGGAGAUCGUUCACAUGCUGAUUGAGGCUCUAAGUCACACAGUUGCUGUCCCUGUGUCACCCCUGGCCCUGGAGAAACACACGUGCAAGGAUUUGGACUCAGACUUUGGAGAUUCAGACACAGAGCUGGACAUUGAGAGCCUUUGUUCUGAUAAUUCAGCAGCCGCCUCCCCGACGCAGACACCGACCGAUCAACACCACCUUCUACUAUAUAGCAGCCACGCUGGGGAAGUGCCGGAGUCCUUGGGGCGUCCUCCUCUAUCCGGCCCUCAUAAAGAUCUCAGCCAAGAUAAGGGGAUCUCUCCCGGUUUCCACAACACCAUGGAAACGCCGAGAGACAUCAGGCAAGCCUACCAGGACGCAGGGAGGGGAAGCAGAGGUUUGUCUCUGCCCAGUUUGAGCAACAAGGGAAGACACUGGAACCACGCUGAUCCUGCACCAUCGUCUGGCCUGCUGAAUACCAGCAGCCCCUGUCAGCCAGUCCCCCCCACACACAGGCCGAGAACAAGAAGUGUGGUUGUUGCAUCUUCCCCCGCCCACAGCCUGCUGUCUGUGGCGGAGGCCAGUCUGCUCAGCCAAUCAGCACCCAGCAUCAUGGAGCCACGACUGGGCACAAACACCAUGAUUCAGGCCAGGGCACACAUUCAAACCCGACUGGGUUCUCAAAAUUCUGUCAAUGAACCAAACGGUCUCUUGCCAUCUCUGCACUCCCGAACACCCAAGCUCUUGGCACCCCUGGACUGCCGACCCAGGGACAGCACAGCUCUGCCUGGACUAAGGCGACAUCUUCCCCUGAAACCCAUCAGCAGGAGCCCUCAAUGCUCCAGGACACAGCUGAGGCGAGACAACCCAUUCUGGAGCAGCCCACGCAAUGGUCCUCCCACCGCAAGGGCUGGCAGUGAAGAGAGUGGGUCCAGCAGCAGCAGCAGCAGCAGCCACAGCUCCAUCGACCUAGAGCUUGAGGAUGAGGAUGACAGAGACAUACAUGAGAGAGUUUAUCAGGAUAGUAAUCUGAAGUUGUUCGGGCACAAGCUGUUGCAGCAUUCAGAGGUUGUGAGCUCUGCUGAGGCUGAUCUGGUUACUGCAACAGGGCUGGAUUUAAAAGUUCAGUUGAGGAUCUGUCAGGUUCCAGUGAUCCACAGAUCAGCACAUAACCUGGAUGAAGUCAUUAUCAAUCAUAGCAAUGAUCAUCGCAGCACAGAAAACUCCAUGAACUUCCACCAUGAAGUAACCAAUAGUGACAACAGGCUCUCAAUAAUAUGUAACUAUGCACAAGAAGGAGAUACUGUGAAUAAUGUACCUAUCACACCAGAGUCUAAGGAGGAACAGAAUGAUGAGGGCUGCACUACACAAGCACAGACUGAGAUUAGCUGUGGAAUCACAUCCACUGUGAAUGACCAAGGUGAUGCUACCGCAAGCUCUGGCUGGACUUACACAAACAUGAAACAAACGAUAAAUGAAUGUGAUGAAGACGAAUCCAAGUUUGUCAAACCAGCUGCUUCUAAUGCCGCAGAUGCAAAGUUAGACACCGGCACUGCUUUGGAGAAAACUCCGUCUGUUACAGCAGAUGUGCACCUUAAUCUGGUUGAUGUGGAUCCCAAGAGAGGGCAGCAUAUGUUUAAAGCCAUAAAGGCUGCCCAGAACAAAGAGAAAAGGAUCAAAUGUGAACUGACAUCAAAUUAUCAAACUAAUCAAUCCUUCAACAUGCAAAGAGAUCAAAGGAAUAAGCCCAAAAGCAACCCAAAGUACUCCUCACUUUCCACACAAGUUAAAGAUAAAACCAGGAAAGUCCCUGAGCUAAAGGUCAGUAGAGAGGGCGCUGUAACUAAAGUCAAAUCUAAGAUUAAGUCUGUUAAAGGCACUCACUCUAACACCAGCACCCCCUCGCCAAGAAAGAAGGUUACUGAUCACCCACAGAGCAGGAAAGCCAAUCCUGACAGGACUCAACAGCACACAUUAGGGAGGGAGCUGAAAAGUGCUCAACAGCUGAAGAAACCAUGUGCACCGGGGAAAACCCAAAGAUCUAAAUCUGCUGUGGACCUCAUCAGCUACACAGACAUGUUUCAGCAGAUACAGAGUGGGGAUCAAGGACCAGCCAUCUAUGAGAUGUUUGCUGGUCCUGUCUAUGAAAAUCUCCGGGUUUCCAGCGCUUGCGAGAAACUUGCGGAGAGACAAGUGCAGUGUGCUCCGUCUAGGAAGACGCAACAAAAUCACAAAGUCAAGCAGCGGCCAGUGAAACCAACACCAAGCAAGCUGAGAAAAAACCCUGGGGACAGUAUGGCAGUUCCGACUAAAAGCAAAGUAAAAUCCAGGAUGAAGCCGCACCUCACGCCGAUGUCAAGAAAAGGCAUCUACAAAACUGAGAAAAUUGCAAAACUAGAGGCUACGGUAGUUCUUGCUAAGGAUGUUAACAUUUGUCAUGAUAGCACAGAAGAAAGGGAUGAUUGUCACAUGUUAUCUACAAUAAACGAGGCUCUUUCAAGAUAUGAGUCUGAGACAUUGAAAUCGGAUGACAAAACUCUUGUUCCACCAAUGACUUCUAAUCAUGCUGGAGACUGUAGUCACAUGCAAAUCAAUGUGCAAGAAACAACAGUAAAUUCAUCAACGGGAAACUCUAAUGGGCCAGUUCCAGACGCUGCGUUAUUUCGACAGUCGAAGGUCAACACAUGGGCAUCUUCUAGCAGCAGCAGUAGCCACACCGCUAUGUCACCAGUUUACCAGAAGUUUCUGGAUGAGGCGGGGGACGGGCCACUUACAGAUGACCUGCUCCAGUGUCUGGCAGAGGAGCUAAUCUCAUUGGAUGAGAGGGAUGUAUCCACAGGCCCACUCCCUGAAAACCUGGAACAGAGAGAAAACAAGUCCAACAGGCAAGAUGGUCAACCAGUAUCUGGACAAAAUACAUUACCUAAGGUUACUUCAAUAGACAGCGGCACUUUGCUUGGAUGUGGAGUGGCUGUAGAUGACACCAUCACAUGGACCAAGGGUGAAGUACUUGGCAGGGGCGCCUAUGGCACAGUGUACUGUGGCCUGACUAGUCAGGGCCAGCUGAUCGCCGUGAAGCAGGUGAACCUGGAUUCCUCUGACCCUGACACUGCAAAGAAAGAGUACAGCCGUCUGCAAGGGGAGGUGGAGUUGCUCAAAACCCUGAGACAUGUCAACAUUGUAGGCUUUCUGGGGACUUUGCUUUGUCAGAAUGUGGUUUCCAUCUUCAUGGAGUAUAUCCCAGGAGGAUCCAUUGCUAGCAUCCUUCACAGAUUUGGUCCACUGCCAGAAAGAGUCCUGUCUUUAUACACUCGCCAGAUCCUUGAAGGGGUGGCCUUUCUUCACCUGAACAGGGUGAUUCAUCGGGACCUGAAGGGAAAUAAUGUCAUGCUGAUGCCGACCGGGGUGAUCAAGCUUAUAGACUUUGGCUGUGCGCGGCGCCUCACUUGCUUGAACCAAACAGCUUCCAACAGUGGAGAUGUCCUCAAGUCAGUGCAUGGCACUCCUUACUGGAUGGCACCAGAGGUUAUCAAUGAGACAGGAUAUGGCAGGAAGUCAGAUAUAUGGAGUGUGGGUUGCACAGUGUUUGAAAUGGCCACAGGGAAACCACCGCUGGCAUACAUGGACAAGAUGGCAGCCUUAUUCUACAUCGGGGCUCAGAGAGGGUUGAUGCCCUCCUUACCCGACGGUUUCUCGGAUAAUGCCAAGGAGUUUGUAGAAAUCUGCUUGACAAGUGACCAGAGACUACGGCCGUCGGCUGAUCAGCUGCUGAAGCAUUCAUUCAUCCCUAAAAAUGAGGCCGACAACUCUUGGGAAAAACAGAUAAAGCAUUGUUGUGGUCACGCCGAGGGACCAUGUGGUUAGGGGACUAUGGUUUAUAUUGAAGACUCAAAACACCAAGUGUGCUCUU